CUAAAUAGCAGUAUUCACAAAAUAAACGGGUGCCAAUUUUCAAAAAGUUUGAACUCCACAACGGUUAUAUUGUUUAAGUAUGAUUUUAUGCCCGAGAGAAAUCAAAGUAAAAUCGUUAAUAAAAAUUGUAUGAUGCUUUUGCUUUUUAAAUAUUAGAAUCUCUUAGAGUUAAUGAUUUUCUUUUGUUAAUUAAAUUAAAAUGAACACUGCACCAUCUACUCCUACCUUAAGCUCUGAACUUAAGUUACUUAUUGAAGAAAGGAACGUCUUGACAACUCGGACUAAAUUGAAAGUUGUAAAUGCUCUAGAUAAUCAAAUAAGAUUAGACCAACUGAGCAAAAGACAACAAUUAAAAGCCAAAACUAUUGAAGAAAUAUUUACCUCAGAAGUUUCAUAUCUUAAUCAACUGGAGAUUGCUAUGAAGUAUUUCAAGAAACCAUUAUUAGAAUCAAAACUACCAUCCCCAGAUAGUCUUACCCAUCUGUUUGAGAAUUUGGAGUCAGUUUAUAAUGUUAAUGGUGAACUUCUAAAUCAACUAAGGUUACAUGGAGAAGAUGUCGCUAAAGCAUUUAUUAAAGUUGCACCAUUUUUCAAACUUUAUUCAGUUUAUGCUUACCAAUACAGACAUGGAUUGACUGCCCUACAGGAAUUGCCCAAGUACAAUAGUAAACUAGAUGCACUUAUCAAAAAGCAAGAAACUAGACCAGAAGUAGGUGCAAAACUGGGUUCAAUUUUGAUAGCUCCAAUUCAAAGGAUACCUCGUUAUAGAUUGUUGCUUAAAGAACUUCUGAACUAUACUCCCAAAACUCACCCCCACCAUUCCUCGAUACUAGAUGCUAUUAAAGAAGUAGAGAAAGCCACUGAACAUAUUAAUACCCUAGUAAGUGAUCAAGAAAAUAUGGAACGUAUCAUUGAGUUACAAAAAAGUUUUGUUUCUGGAGAUCCUAUUCUAAUUUGUCCUGGCAGAAAAUUAAUCAAAGAAGGGUCAUUAAUGAAGGUAUCUAAAAAAGGGAAGAAACCUCAUCAAAUAUAUUUAAUUCUUAUGUCUGAUAUAAUUGUUUGUUGUAAAAUGACUGGAGCACUUUUUGGUGAAGCUAAUUCUCUUCGUUGCUCUUGCAUACUUCCUUUAAAUAGAAGUUCAAUACAUCCAGGAGCUAAGAGUUUUCAAAUAAUUUGUAACCCUGUUACUCUCACAUUGUUUUCUGAACAACCUUAUACUAUGGAAACUUGGAUUACUAUUAUUAAGCAAGCUAUAUUAAAGGAACAACAAAAUCAGGAGACAUUGAAGAGGAAGGGAAGUUAUAGACACUUCAGAAUUAAGGACAUUAACACGCUCUCUUCAUCAGUUAUUCCUAAAAAACGGAAACAGUUAGAAGACAAUUGUGGAGUCUCAGAUUGUCAUAGCCCUAAUAAAAAAAACAAGCUUUCUGCUGGAUGUUCUUCAAAUUUAGAUUCUUCUUCAGAGAACGAUGAAAAUGAAAUAAAACAGCUGAGCUAUUUCUCAUCAGUGAAGAAGGCAAUUUCUAAUUUUGGGCAUUCAUUAAACAAAUAUUGGUUUCCAAUGUAUAUUAGAAGAAAUGCUAAUAUGGAUAAAAAACUCACUAAUUAACUUUUUAUUUAAAAAUGAAAACUCAGUCAUGCAUUUGCAAAUUUUUAGUAUAAGUUUGUAUAGAAGCACAUUUACCUAUAGAUUAAGCUAGUUCACUAUAGUAAAAAAAAUUAGGAGUGGAGUUUGAUGCAUGUUUUACUGUUCUUAUGAUUUUUAUUUAUUUAAAAGAAAAAUCAAACAAAAUUUUCAUUGCUAUAAUAUUUAUAAAAAAAAAAAAUCUUUGAUUUAAAUUAACAGAAUCAUUUUUUAAUUUCCAAAAUUGAAGUCUGCC